AUGCUGCUGCUUUGCCCUACUGUUCUCAGCCUCAUUUCCAGCUCUCUUUGUGCUGCUGCUCCACAGCGGGACUCUAAAUCUGAGCUACAUUCAGCAACAAGCAACAGAAACAAGCUGCUGCUCAUCUCUUUUGAUGGCUUUCGCUGGGACUAUGAUCGAGAUGUUGAAACCCCUAACCUGGAUAAGAUGGCAGAGGAUGGUGUGAAGGCACUUUAUGUUACUCCACCCUUCCUCACCAUUACCAGUCCUUCUCACUUCACAAUGCUGACAGGACGUUAUAUCGAGAAUCAUGGAGUAAUCCACAACAUGUGGUUCAACACUACCACUCAGGAGAGAAAGCAGUACUACCAGGCUCAGUUUGUUGAUUCCUACUGGGACAAUGGCAGCUUACCAAUCUGGAUAACAGCACAGAAACAGGGUCUAAAGGCAGGCUCUCUGCAUUUUCCUGGCACAGCAGCCACAUACAAAGGGGAGACUGUGAGGGUUAAGCAAGUGGAACCUCCUUUCUAUAAUCAUUCUGAUGAGACAGAUUGGAGGCUGAAUGUUGACAAGGUGAUUGGAGAGUGGUUCCAUCAACAGAACCUGGACUUUGUCUCUCUGUACUUUGGAGAACCAGAUUUGGCAGGUCACAAAUAUGGACCAGAUUCCCCUGAAUGUAAAGAGAUGGUACGGCAAGUGGACCGUACUGUCGGCUACAUCCGAGAUACAAUCCAAGACCAUGGCCUUACUGACCAGCUUAACAUUAUCAUCACUACUGACCAUGGGAUGGCUAGAAUUUUACAGGGUGGACAAGUUAAGAAGAUCAUACUCUCUAAGAUACCAGGGUUCAACUUCAAGGAUAUCCAGUUCCAACUAUUGGAUUAUGGUCCUGUUGGAAUGCUGCUUCCUAAAGAGGGGAUGCUGGAGAAGGUCUACCGGGCUCUGAAAGGAGGCCACCCUCACCUUCAUGUGUAUAAAAAGGAGGAGAUGCCAGCUAGACUGCACUACAGUAACCAUCCUCGACUCCUGCCCAUAAUCCUCAUCGCUGACCCUGGAUACAUUGUCAACGGGUUAUUACCUUUGAAUAACCACAAAGGAGAGCACGGCUUUGAUAAUGAAGUCAUGGAUAUGAAAUCCUUCUUCAGGGUGGUGGGACCAGACUUCAAGAAAAACAUGACAAUAGAUCCCUUUGACCUGGUUGAUGUGUAUCCACUGAUGUGCCAUCUACUGUGCAUAAACCCAGAGAUCAAUGAUGGACACCUGGAGAAUAUCAAACACAUGUUGGUUUCCAGCAAAAACACAGUGGAAGAUGAAGGAAAGACAAAUAAUCAAGUGGAGGUGUUGAUUGGCUUGUCAGCAGUAACUGGGUUUCUUGGACUUGUGUUCAUCAUUACUACAUCAUACACUGUGUGGAAAAGGACCACGGCAUAAUGGAGUUUGACGUUGGUAUUAAAAUUAUGAGAAAAAAGAGAGAAAUUAAAUGUUUUGAGCAUUUCCUAUUUGUUAUUCAAGAGAACGCUUGUAGGUGAAGAAUGAUGAGCCAUUUUCUUGAGUUCUUGAGUAAAUGUG